AUGAUAUUUAAUAAUAGUAAUAUGUUAAAAACAUUAUCUUUUAAAUUGUUAUCUAUAAAUGGUUUAUGUCAACAAAAACUUUUAACAAAAUAUCCUUUAACAAUAGUAGCGUUUACACACAACUUAAUUGGUAAAAAACAAAUGUUAAUGAAAGAAGAUGUGAAGCCUGUCAAUAAAUUUGUUUUAAGGACUCAUACUUGUGAUGAAUUAAGGAUUCAAAAUGUAGGAGAAACUGUGGAACUGUAUGGUUGGUUGGAAUUUUCAAGAGUUAACAAAUUUUUAAUAUUAAGAGAUUCUUAUGGUUCUACUCAACUUAUCAUACCACAAGAGAGGAAAGACUUACAAAACGUAGCCAAAAAUUUGACCUUUGAAAGUGUAUUUAGUAUAGAAGGUAAAGUAUUAAAAAGACCAGAGGGACAACAGAAUAAAAAUAUGAAAACUGGAGAUAUUGAAGUAGAAAUAAAAUCUAUAGAAGUUUUAAACAUGGCAAAAGCGAAGAUGCCAUUUAUUAUCAGAAACUAUAAUCAAGCAAAUGAAAACACUCAGAUGAAAUAUAGAUAUAUAUCAUUAAGAUAUCCUGAGUUACAGAAAAAUUUGAGAUUACGUUCAAAAAUGAUAAUGAAAAUGAGAGAAUAUUUAAUCAAAGAAUGUGACUUUGUAGACAUUGAAACUCCAACUUUAUUUAAACGUACUCCUGAGGGUGCUCAAGAAUUUAUAGUUCCAACACAACUUCCAGGACAAUUUUAUUCAUUAACACAAAGUCCUCAAAUAUUCAAACAAUUACUAAUGAUAGGUGGUUUUGAUAGAUACUUUCAAAUUGCCAGAUGUUACAGAAAUGAAACACCUAAACAUGAUAGACAACCUGAAUUUACACAGCUGGAUAUUGAAAUGUCAUUUGUUGAUUGUGAAAGAGUAAUGGAAUUAACUGAAAAUUUACUAGCAUAUUCAUGGCCUGAAGAAUCAGAAGGAUUAACUAUUCCUUUUAAACGUAUAAAAUAUGACGAAGCAAUGAAAUUAUAUGGUACAGAUAAACCAGACUUACGUAUACCACAAAGACUUUAUAGAUUGACAAAAAUAAUUGAUCAUUCAGUAUUAGAACAAAAUUUAAAAAUAGAACAGAAUGAAAAUCUUGAAGUUUAUGCACUAGUUUUUUCCCAAAAACAUGAUUUUUUUACAAAAACUGUUAAAGAUAGUAUGUCUAAGUUACAAAACCAUUAUUUUCCAUCUGUAAAAUUAAUCCAAACAAAAAUACCUAACAAAUCACCAAUAAUAAUGAACAUUAUUAAAGAAAAUGUACAACAAGAGUUAAAUUUGACAGAAGGAGAUGUUCUAUUCUUAGCCUUUGGAUCAUAAUAAAAAUUGUAGCAAUUACUGUUGGGAAAAAUACGUUUUGAAUUUACAAAUUUAUUGGAAAGUAAAGAUCAAAAAAUUCGUACUACUGAGAAUCAAUUAUUAUGGAUCACUGAUUUUCCUUUAUUUUCAUUUAAUACUAAAUUAAACUCAUUGGAAACCAGCCAUCAUCCAUUUACACAACCUCAUCCAGAUGAUAUGCAAUAUCUCAUAAAGAAUCCAUUGAAGGUUAGAGGAUUACAUUAUGAUUUAGUUAUGAAUGGUCAUGAGAUUGGAGGUGGAUCAAUACGAAUUCAUGAAGAAAAAAUGCAAAGAGAAAUAUUCAAAAUAUUAAAUAUAAAUGAAUUGCCUUUAAUGCAUAUGCUUGAUGCCUUAAAAUCUGGUGCUCCACCUCAUGGUGGAAUUGCUAUAGGAAUGGAUCGUUUAAUAUGUUUACUGUGUAACGCAAAUAAUAUAAAGAACGUAAUAGCAUUUCCAAAAUCAAUUUCGGGACGAGAUUUAAUGUCAGAAUCACCAGGUCCAAUAUCUGAAGAAGAAAAACAGUUGUAUCACAUACGGACGAUAGAUGUAUAA